AUGCCUCCAAGAUCCUCCUCAAAUCAAUUUGACGACAAACAAAAAGUGUUUGCUAAAAUGCCGGGAUAUCCAUGGUGGCCUGCAUUCAUCACCCCAGAAGAAUACGUUCCAAAACAUGUUCAGAGAGCCCAAAAAAAGAGUACUCCUUACUGUGUGAUAUUCAUACCAGAUGGUGAUUUCUAUUGGUGCACAGAGAAAGGCUUGAAAGAGUACAAAUUAGAAAACACUUCUAAGGACUUGAGUAAGCUAGACGCAAAGACGAUUGCCAAGUUGAAAGAUGUGAAAUAUUUGAAAAGGAGGUUAACCACGAUACCAAAGAAGCCAGCAACAUUUCCUGAAGCAAUUACUGCAUCUGAAAAGUUGGAUUUUGAUGAUUUUAUAACGAUUUUCCAAGAGGACUUCGAAGAUGAUGAUGGAGAGGAAGAGGAGGAGGAAAAAGAAGAAGAGGAAGAAGAGGAAGCGCAGGUGGAUGACGAAAUCGAGGAGGAGGGGGAGGAGGAGGAGGAGAAGCCAACAGUGUCAGUGAAAAAGUCAGCACCUCUGAAGAGCCGAAACAGAUCUGAAGCCAAACCUAGAAGAUCAAGUCGCACUCAAAAUGUCGACAUUGAUGUUGAUGCUGUCGAUGAUGAAGGUGAAGACGGUGAUGUUGAAGAUCAGUAUCAAGAGGAAAUACCAAAAAACAAGAGAAAGAGGGGCUCAGUGGUUCAAGCAUCGACCAAUGGUAAAAAGAGGACGCUGACUGAUGCAGCUGUCACAGAUAAAGUGGAUUCUGAGCCUAACAAAAAACCCAAGAUGGAAAAUUCAAGUGAUGAAGAUACCGCCAAUGCAGCAGGUGCGGCAGCUGCGUCGAUAAAAUCAGGUAAAGCACCAGUUAAUGAUGAAGAAAAACAGCACCAAUUAUAUUUGUGUCGAAUCAAGUUACAAAGAACGUUGAUACAAAGAGACUUGAACAAAUCACCCCCAACUGCUGAUGAGCUACUGCUUGUUCGAUUAAUCUUGUACCGAUUAGUCAAUUUCCCAGUUGAUAAAGAGCUUUUGAAGAAAACCAAGCUAUACAAGGUAAUGAGAUAUAUUCUCAAGAACCCUGAUUUGGAGUAUUCGGAGAGUUUCAAGUUGCAUGAACUUUGUAAAGAAAUAUUAGAGAAGUGGGAACCAUUUAUUCAGCAGAUAUUAUAUGAGAAGGAACAUUCAAAUAGCGACAAGAGCUCCAAUUCGAGUUCAAGAUUACUAUCAGUAAAGAAUGGAGGAUCGGGAUUCAAUGAUGAUUCCGAAGUUAGUGGUAUUGAGCAGAGUUUACCGGAGAUUGACCAAUCAAAGGAUGAGGAAUCCGAGGUAGUGGAGAAAAGAUCUGGUUCGGGUGAGACCAAAACAGAAAGUAGUGUAUCUACCGAGAAGAAGGAAGUACCGGACGUCUCGCUGAAGAAUGACGGAGGAGAAGAAAAAGACACGGAAAGCAAGAAGCAAAAUGGCAAUAAUAGCCAUAAAGGCGAUGAUCUGAAAGAAGAGAUCAAGACUGAUAUCAACCUGCAUGAGAACCAAAACAGCCAAGCCACUGGUGACAAGACGGAAAGUGCGACAGAAUCUGAAAUCAAAGAAUCCAAGAUAAAGACUGAAACUGUAACUGAUAAUGGAGACGGUGUCAACGAAGACCAGACGAAAGAGCUCGAAAGCACAGUUGAUACAGCUAAGGCUGAGUCUAAGGAUGAUAGUGUAAAGACGGGGAGUCAAAGUGAGAGUGCUGCUACAAAGGAAACCACCGCUCCCGCCGAACUAAUAGCAGAGCAAAAGUCUGUCUCCAACGAUGUCGGCCAAGCUACUGCUUUCAGUUAG